AUGUCGCUGGAAGACAUUCUCUACGAGGUUAAAGGAAACGUCACCGUCAUUACCCUCAACUUGCCAACCAAGUUAAAUGCAUUGACUGGGUUGCAAUACCUUGAUUUAGCUAAGAAGAUCGCUGAAGCAGAUGAAGAGGAGAACACUGUAGCCACCAUCAUCCAGGCCACCGGUAGAUACUUUUCUGCUGGUGCCAAUGUGUCUGAUGGCACUUUGGCUGGCACUGUUGGUGACCCUGCUGAGCUCUUCUCGCAUGAUUUCUGGUUCAAGAACUUCGUGGGUAGAAACGCUUAUUUGGUGGACUUGUUUCACAACCACAAGAAGGUGUUGGUUGCCGCGCUCAACGGCCCAGUGAUUGGAUUAUCUUCAGCUUUGGUUGCGUUAUGUGACAUUGUGUAUGCCAUCGAUGACGAGAAGGUGUUUUUGUUGGCACCAUUUGCCAAUUUGGGUUUGGUGGCUGAAGGUGCAGCCUCUUCCACGUUAUUCUUGAGAUUGGGCUGGUCCAAGUCUGCCGAGGCUUUGUUGUUCUCCAAGCCUAUUCCAGGUAAGGACUUGGACAAGUUGGGUUUCUUCAACAAGACCUACUCCGGUGAGAAGUUGACCACCGAGGAGUUUAACGCAAAGGUGUUGAACGAAGUCAAGGCCAAGCUUGAGGGCUUGUAUGAGCCAUCCAUCUUUGCUAACAAGCAGCUUCUUAAGGCCAACAGAGACCAGUUGAUCAACAGUGCCAGUUCAAAGGAGCUUAUUAUUGGCUUCAACAGAUGGAUCCAGGGUAUUCCUCAGCAGAGAUUUGUGCAGAUUGCCAACAAGGAGAUCAAGCACAAGAUGUAG